AAAAAUAUGUAUUUCAAAAAACAUACGAUCAUUCUUUCAUCUAUUUUUCAUUGAAAUAUUGGUCCUAGAACAACAUAAAAAACUCUACUACUAAAAAAAAUAACGAAAAAAAAAGUGUUUUCUGGCAACUCUCCCCCCCAGGUACGGAGAGAUGCCUACAUCCAUGCGGAGAGAUGCCCAAUGUUAAUUCCCAUAAGGGAGAGAUGCCGCAAUUUAUUGUUGUAGUUCUGCAAGUUUGCAUGGGUUGCAUCUUAUGCAGAAUAUCCAAUCUACUGUCUUGGAGGUUUUACUGUGAUCCUCAAAACAUUCCACGCAGAAAAAUUGUUUGUCAGUAUCUCGCUUGGCUGAUUCAGGAUUUUGGUUUUCCUUCAAAUCGGAUAAGAGAAUCUCAUCUUCGCUGUCGGAUGUGAAGUUAUUCGAUGUUCUAUGAUCGGUAAAAUAUAAAAUUAUGCUAUUUUAUUAUUGAAACUUUUGUGGCAUCUAUCCGUAUCAAAAAGUGCGGCAUCUCUCCUUUUUGAUACGGAUAGAUGCCUCACCAGCCUACGCCUGCGCCUUAGGACUGUGUAGCCGAGAAAACAAAACAAAAUCUUAAAUAUGCCCUAUAUAACGCUAUAAAAGUCAAAUUAUUCCAUUUUGUUAUUUUAAACUCACUUCCCCAAUACUAUUAACAACAUACAAAUAAAUAUUAAGCAAUAAAAGUACAUCUUAGCAACUUUAUUCCCACAAUUCAAGUAAAACACUUGCUCAAUCGAAGCAACCACCGCAUGCAAAACAAUAAUGGCCGAAUAGCUCUUCCAUCCCGCCGAGAGUUGUUGUCAGGUGUACAUAGUUUUCGCGUCACGUGGUCUGCGGCAUCUAUCCCCCCGCGGCAUCUAUCCGUACUUUACCCUACUUGUAAUGGAUUAUAAUAUUUUCUUUUUAUAUUUUAUUAUUUUUUUUUAUUAUGUUAUAUGUAUGUUUUGUUGAACAAUAUAUCCCUAUUAUACACAAUAAUAUUCCUUGGGGUAAUAAAGACAAUCAAUCAAUCAAUAACGCAUGAGAAUAGUGAAUUCAGGUUGAUUAUAACAGAGGUGGCUUUAUUUAGUGGUUAAUAAUAUGACGAAAAUUACCGUGGUAGUAAAAACACACUUUAUGCCUUCAAAGGGAGUGAAUGAUGGAACGUUCUAUAGCUAGUGGUGGAAAAACUAUAUAUAACCUCAUGAGUGAAAUGAACAUUCAAACAUUGAAAUCAAUUCGAACCAUUUUUUUUUAAGAGAUAGGGUAUUCUCGUAUUAUUAUGGUCUUGAAAUUCCCUUUUCAUAACAACAUCAAUUUGAUAAACUUAUUUUCUCCAUAUAUAUCUUUCAGAUAAUCAGAGUUUUGAGAUAUUUUUCAAAAAAAGGGUAGAAAAUUGUUGGGAUUUUGAGCAAAAAUAUCGCUUCGCUCCGUCGCAUCGUCGACUCUCUCCAUAGAUUGUUUGCUUAUCGUUAUGAUACCUCAGUUAUAAUGAUUCUAAUUGCUAGUUGAAUUUCAAGAACAAAAAUAUCUAUUCUCAUUUCCGAUAGGAUAUUUUCCCUCCUCAUUGUCCAGAAUGGUUCUGAAAAGAUGAAAAUUCAAACUGUCUCCUGGUACGUAUUCACAGUAUCCUCUAGUACCUAAUACAUCGAUUUCAAGUAUGUAUUUGACAUUUGUCAUAAUUUACUGUCACGUUCCGAUUCACACUAUCGCCGAAGCAUUCAAAAUUACGAGUAUUACAAGCCAUAUCGAACCCGAUGGCUUCCAAAUGCAAAAGCAAGAUCUGCAACCCUCCCGAGCAAGAAAUAAAGGUUACCCAAGGAACCCCAGAAGUCACCCAAGGAACCCCAGAAGUAACCCCAGAAAUCGUAGCCGCUUGCCAGGAGCUCGUCCUCGACAAUGACAAACUACAGACCUACAUGACCACCUUCCUCGACAACAUAGAACGAGGCCUCAAAAAGGAAACCCACGACGAUGCUGUAGUAAAGUGUAUCCCAACCUACGUCCAGGACCUACCCAACGGCACAGAAACCGGCAAGUUCCUAGCCCUAGAUUUGGGCGGCAGCAACUUCAGAGUGCUCAUCAUCACUCUAGACGGCAAAGAAUGCGACAUGCAAUCCAAAGUGUACUCCAUAUCACAUGAAGUCAUGCAAGGACCAGGAGAAGAGCUGUUCGAUUUCAUAGCUACUUGUCUAGCUGAGUAUGCAGUGGAGCAAGGAGUCGCGGAUGCUACACUGCCUCUGGGAUUCACCUUCAGCUUCCCGCUGAUUCAAAAAGGGCUCACGGUAGGCGUCCUGGAACGUUGGACCAAAGGAUUUAGCUGCGAGGGAGUUAUAGGUAACGACGUUGUUCAGAUGCUGAAGGCAGCCAUAGAUAGAAGAGGUGACGUCAAAAUCGAUGUUUGCGCAGUGCUGAACGACACCACGGGCACCUUGAUGUCCUGCGCUUGGAAGAACAACGACACCAGAAUAGGUUUGAUAGUUGGCACUGGCACCAACGGCUGCUACGUGGAAAAACAAGCAAACGUCGAGCUGUUCGACGAACCCGACAGGGGUUCUGGAAACGUCAUAGUCAACUUAGAAUGGGGUGCGUUUGGGGAUGAUGGCGGCCUGGAUUUCUGCAGGGUACAGUACGACAGGGAUGUAGACGCGAGAUCUAUCAACCCGGGGAAGCAACUGCACGAGAAGAUGAUUUCAGGGAUGUACAUGGGGGAAAUGGUACGGCUAGCCGCGGAAAGGUUUACCAAGGAGGGAUACAUGUUUGGAGGUAAAGGCUCGGAGCAGCUGUUCACGCCAGAUGCUUUCGAAACGAGGUUUGUUUCUGACAUCGAAGCCGACGCACCUGGAACCUACAACAACGUCAAACAGAUCUGCAACGAUCUGGGGUUGGCAGACGCUACGGAGCAGGACUACGUCAAUCUGAGGUACUUGUGCGCCUGUAUUUCCAGAAGGGCAGCACAUUUGGUGUCUGCUGGACUGACUGUUCUGAUCAGGAAGGUGGGUGAGAAGAAGGUGGCCGUUGGGAUAGACGGGACUGUUUACAAGAAUCAUCCAAAUUUCCAUAAUUUGAUGAUGGAGAAGAUCAAGGAGUUGAUCGAGCCUGAGUACGAGUUCAGUUUGAUGUUGUCUGAGGAUGGCAGUGGCAGAGGGGCAGCGUUGGUUGCGGCAGUGGCAGCGCGGGUAGCUGCUCAAGGUUGAAUUUAAUACGAUAUUGUCAAUAAAUCAUUGAUUUUAAACAGCACACAGUUCACAGAUUAUCUUAAUAUUGAGUUAUUCGAAAAUAUGGAGAGUCUCAAUGCAAUGAAUUAUGUAUACAGGAUGUCUCGAGAUCAGGAAGCAAUAUUCCACCAAUAAAUGCAAGGUCAUGAACUGAG